AAACCAGCAUUUGUCAAUGAAAUUGGUGCUCCAUAGCCAGAAGUGCAGUGUAAGCCAGAGUAUCAACAAAACCUCUCUCUGCAAAAACUUCACUAUCAAUGGCGUGAAGCACGAUUAACUAUAAUAAUCUUGCGUGCCGGAAAUUUUAUUUUCAACUGGGCAUAAACAUCAAUUGAUCGUAUAUAGUGUUGCACGUGUAGAAAGAGACGAGAGAGAAAGGUAAUUGUACUAAUAUAUGAGGAAGAGAGCGAGAAGCAAAGCUGGGAAAGCACGGAGAUCAGUUGUUGGAAGGAAUUUUCGAUUGUAUCCAUGAAAUCACUGCGGCACUUGCUUUCUCUAGGAUGAGCGAAUCUGCGUAUCAAGUUGAAACGACGUCGCGCCUCGCCCAAUGGCGGAUCGAAAACUUGGCCUCCUGCACUUAUAGGAAAUCAGACCCUUUCAAGAUCGGCAAAUGGAAUUGGCAUUUAUCUGUGGAGAAGAAUCGGACUUUGUCCAUUAAAUUGUACCCGGAGGUAUCAAAUAUAACUAGAGAAAGUCCUCCAAUUGCAUCUUUUAUAAUUAAAGUGGUAUCCUCAGUAGGAGAUCGCAAGAGUUUGGUUCAUCCAGAAGUUAUUGAUAAGCAGCUUAAAAACAACGACGAUUUUGUUUGGGCGAUUGAGGUUCCUUUAACUGGGAAAUUCAUCAUCGACGUGGAAUUUAUUGAUUUAAAGACUUCGUUUCCUAAUGGUGCAGAACCUUGCUCGAUUUGGAGUGAAGGUUUUACACAGAGACAGUCAACUGAAACAGCUCUAUCGUCCCUUGGUCGAAUGUUUUCUGAAAGCAUUCACACGGAUAUUGUAAUAAAUUCAUCUGAUGGGAGCAUUGCAGCACAUCGUGCAGUUCUUGCUUCCAGGUCACCUGUAUUCCAAAGCAUGUUCUUGCACAACCUGAAAGAGAAAGAAAUAUCUGCAGUAAACAUUUCCGACAUGUCAAUUGAAGCCUGCCAGGCCUUUCUCAAUUACUUGUACGGUAACAUAGAAAACGAACAAUUUCUAACCCAUAGACUACCCCUUCUUCGGGCAGCAGACAAAUACGAUAUCUCAGAUUUGAAAGAAGCCUGUCAUGAGAGUUUACUGGAAGACAUUGACUCCACGAAUGUGCUGGAGAGGCUGCAAAAUGCUUCUCUGUAUCAACUGCCAAAACUGAAGACCAGCUGUAUGCAAUAUCUUGUGAAAUUCGGUAAGAUCUAUGAUAUACGAGAUGAUUUCAAUGAAUUUAUUCAGUGUGCAGAUAGAGAACUGAUUGCCGAAAUCUUUAAUGAAGUUCUCGCUGCCUGGAAAGGGUUCUGAAUCCCGGCUUAAGGGAAACAGAAAUGGCAUACCAGACGAGGUUUUUAUAUACUAGCGUGCAUCAUUCCUCGUUCAUAAACAGAUAUUCUUUCGUUUAAAUGCCUAUUGUUUGUUUGCAUGUACAGACAUUAAUCUCAAUGUAAUAUUUCACGAAUUACACCUGGACCACAAUGAUGUGAAUAUGAUUAAUAUCAAUGAAAUUCUACAUUUUAUUUAUCGUGUAUA